AUGAAGCUGCAGUUCAUACUCUCGUUCUGGGCCAUCUUGGUGGCCCAAAUCCGGGCAACUACAGAUGGUCUGACAGAUCUGGUCGCCUGGGACCCUUAUAGUCUGACCGUCAAUGGCAAUCGCUUGUUUGUCUAUUCCGGAGAGUUCCAUUAUCCCCGAUUGCCCGUUCCGGAAAUGUGGCUUGAUGUCUUUCAGAAGAUGCGCGCUCAUGGCUUCAACACUGUUAGUCUAUAUUUCUUCUGGGACUAUCACUCUCCAAUCAAUGGGACAUAUGACUUUGAGACCGGAGCACACAAUAUCCAGCGCUUAUUUGACUAUGCCCAAGAGGCCGGAAUCUACAUCAUCGCACGUGCUGGGCCCUACUGCAAUGCUGAAUUCAACGGAGGUGGUCUGGCACUAUACCUGAGCGACGGGAGCGGUGGUAAAUUGCGAACGAGCGAUGCGACAUAUCACCAGGCAUGGACUCCCUGGAUUGAGCGUAUUGGUAAGAUCAUUGCGGAAAAUUCCAUCACAAACGGUGGGCCAGUCAUUCUCAACCAGAUUGAGAAUGAACUUCAGGAGACCACGCAUUCUGCGACCAAUACCUUGGUCGAGUAUAUGGAGCAGAUUGAGGAGGCAUUUCGAGCUGCUGGCGUGGACGUUCCCUUCACUAGCAACGAGAAAGGCCAGCGAUCUCGAAGUUGGUCGACAGACUAUGAGGAUGUGGGUGGUGCGGUCAACGUCUACGGCUUAGACUCGUACCCGGGAGGGCUCAGUUGCACCAACCCUUCCACAGGAUUUUCAGUCGUACGGAACUAUUAUCAAUGGUUCCAAAACACCAGCUACACGCAGCCCGAGUACUUGCCUGAGUUCGAAGGUGGUUGGUUCUCUGCCUGGGGCGCCGACUCUUUCUACGAUCAGUGCACGAGUGAGCUGAGUCCACAAUUUGCGGAUGUGUACUACAAGAACAAUAUUGGUCAGCGAGUCACCCUCCAGAACCUGUACAUGCUGUACGGGGGUACAAACUGGGGCCAUCUAGCUGCACCUGUGGUGUAUACUUCAUACGACUACAGCGCUCCUCUUAGAGAGACUAGACAAAUCAGAGACAAGCUCAGUCAGACGAAGCUCGUUGGUCUGUUCACUCGAGUGUCUUCUGGCUUGCUGGGAGUCGAAAUGGAAGGGAAUGGCACCACUUACACAUCGACCACCUCAGCAUACACAUGGGUGCUUCGGAAUCCCAACACGACCGCCGGUUUCUAUGUCGUGCAGCAGGCUACCACAUCCUCGCAGACAGACAUCACGUUCUCCCUGAAUGUAGAUACUUCUGCGGGCGCGUUCACCUUACCUAAUAUCAAUCUGCAAGGCAGGCAAAGCAAGGUGAUCUCGACUGAUUACCCACUCGGCCAUAACACGCUCUUGUACGUGUCAACCGACAUCGCGACAUACGGCACUUUUGGGGACACUGAUGUUGUCGUGCUCUAUGCACGCUCUGGACAGGAUGUGUCGUUUGCCUUCAAGAACACGACUAAUCUGACCUUCGAGGAAUAUGGUGAUUCGGUGAACAUGACUAGCAGUUCAGGUAAUCGUACUAUUACCUCAUACACUUACACUCAAGGCAGUGGUAGCAGCGUUGUGAAGUUCUCAAAUGGCGCCAUUUUCUAUCUCCUGGAGACGGAGACGGCAUUCCGAUUCUGGGCACCACCUACCACAACAGACCCUUAUGUGACAGCGGAACAGCAGAUAUUAGUGCUGGGCCCAUACCUAGUCCGCAAUGUGAGUAUCUCUGGAAGCGUUGUGGAUUUGGUUGGAGACAAUGACAACGCCACGACCGUGGAAGUAUUCGCUGGGUCUUCCGCAAAGACUGUCAAAUGGAACGGUAAGGAGAUCAAUGUCCAGAAAACAGAUUAUGGGAGCCUUGUGGGAUCGAUCGGUGGCGCCGAUACCAGCACCAUUUCGCUCCCCAGUUUGACCGAAUGGAAAGUUCGCGACUCCUUGCCCGAGACCCAGUCUUCCUAUGAUGACUCCAAGUGGACGGUGUGCAACAAGACUACAACCCUGAGUCCUGUUGACCCACUCAGUCUGCCUGUCUUGUUUGCCUCCGAUUAUGGCUAUUAUACCGGCAUCAAGAUCUAUCGCGGUCGGUUCGAUGGUGCUAACGUGACUGGAGCGAACUUGACUGCGCAAGGAGGUCUGGCCUUUGGUUGGAAUGUCUGGCUGAACGGGGAUCUUGUGGCCUCGCUUCCAGGUGAUGCCGACGAAACGUCGUCUAACACAGUUAUCAGCUUCUCCAACCAUACCUUGAAGCAGACCGAUAAUCUGCUGACAGUCGUGAUCGACUACACCGGACAUGACGAGACGUCUACUGGUGAUGGCGUGGAGAACCCUCGAGGACUUCUCGGAGCAACCCUCAAUGGUGGUUCAUUCACGAGCUGGAAGAUCCAAGGAAACGCUGGAGGUGCCGCUGGAGCAUAUGAGCUUGACCCGGUGAGAGCACCCAUGAACGAAGGUGGCUUGCUCGCCGAGCGUCAAGGUUGGCAUCUUCCAGGAUACAAGGCGAAGUCAUCGGACGGCUGGACGGAUGGAUCCCCGCUCGAUGGACUCAACAAGUCAGGUGUCGCAUUUUAUCUGACCACCUUCACCCUUGACCUCCCCAAGAACUAUGACGUUCCUCUCGGUAUCCAAUUCACCUCACCGUCGACCGUCGACCCGGUGCGCGUCCAGCUCUUCAUCAAUGGAUACCAAUAUGGCAAAUAUGUUCCAUAUCUGGGGCCGCAAACAACGUUUCCCAUCCCACCUGGAAUCAUCAACAACCGCGACAAGAACACCAUUGGCCUCAGCCUGUGGGCGCAGACGGAUGCGGGUGCCAAGUUGGAGAACAUCGAGCUGAUCAGCUAUGGUGCGUAUGAGAGCGGCUUCGAUGCAGGCGAUGGGACGGGCUUCGAUCUUAAUGGAGCUAAAUUGGGGUAUCAGCCUGAGUGGACGGAGGCUCGCGCACAGUAUACCUGA